AUAGUAAAGUCUUUUCAUCAGAAAUGAAGAUUGGUGAACUCCGACCAGAACAGUCGGCGACGGUUGAAGCUUUAGUGCGUGAACUACAAAACUUGGAUAGCAGUGCAUUUCCUGCUUUGUACUCUUUGGCAGAAAAUGAACUCUUCCGUCUGCGUGGCGGCAUUGCGGACUCAUUUGACUUGGUCAGCAACAAACCUGUAAAAGUGAGGGCAAAAAUAGAAAUACCUCAGGCACAAUAUCCUGCUAUUAAUUUUGUUGGGAAACUUCUUGGUCCGGGAGGUCAGACAUUGAGAGCAGUGCAAGAAACCACCAAAACAAAAAUGGCGAUCUUAGGUGCUGGCAGUCUAAGAGAUGACGCCAAGGAAAAGCAGCUCCUCUCCAAUGGUGAUCCGAAAUAUCAGCACCUCAAGCAAAAGCUGCACCUUCAAGUUGAUAGUUUAGGUCCACCCUCGGAAUCAUGUUAUCGGUUGGCUCAUGCUUUAGCGGAAGUAAGGAAAAUCAUGCUACCAGAGCAAACAGAACCCACAGCUCAACAGUGGGUUCAGCAAAAUCAGCCUUUGCCCGUGGCCGGAAGAAAUGUUUCCGUUAGGAAUAUCCGUCCCCCUUUGCGCGGUCCGCCACCACCACCACUUCAAGCUCCCUUCCCUGCACCUCCAGUGCAGCUUCCCUUCCGUGGUCGAGGUAAGCCUUGGAUAGGCAGAGGUGUUGCCAAGAACGGUGUUGCUAUCCAACCACCAGUUCCUGUUGCUUCUGAGGUGUUUGCUAAUGAUGUGAAUACCGUUGCCUACCCUCCAAUAACUCUGUAUGAGCAGAAUGAGUUCAAUUCCCAUGUUUUUGAAGAUUUCGGAACGAACUAUGGUUGUGAUGCAAAGCGCUUCAACAGUAUGUCUUUUGUUCUUCCAUGUUAUUUGGCAAGUGAGAUGGGAUCGAAGAUGAAAUCUCAAUUUCGAUUUUCAAUUUUGGAUAUCCACUUAGUGAUAUCAGCAGUCAAUCACGCUCUUUAAAUGGAACCAAUUGACCUGGAUUCUGACAACGGCCUAAGUAUAUUCUUCAAACAUAUAACAUUGAUUGAAUUAUACGAUUAAUCAAAAAACGAGUUCUCAAUCUAAGAAAAAUAAUUUUCCACGUCUUUGAUGUCAACAGGUGUUUUCAUGUACGAAUGUGAACUAACUGGUAGAAAUCUAGGGUCUGUACUGUAUAAUACGAUAAGAAGGAUUCUUCCUAAUUAUUAUCUAUCCCUAUCUAAUUGACGGAUGGAGAUGAAUUACACUGGUGGCGGUAUUGUACUCAGGUUAACCAAUAUAAAAUUAUUUAAUUGAAAGUUUGGCAUCCACAAAGAGGUAUGUUAAUUAUCUGCUGAAAUAUUCAAUACGAUAUAUCAUCUGUGACACAAAUGACUUAGAAAAAUCUAUAUUAUCAAAUGAGAUAUUGAUGUUAAGAAAUAACCACCGGAAUUUCCUCGUCAAACCUUUUAUGGCUAAUCAUGCAUGAUUAAAUAUCUGAUGUUUGCACACCUGAUAUCUACCAUGAAACGAAAUCGUUAAACAGACAUCUCAGUAAAUCCGGACGAGUUCUGUUAUAUAACCGGAAGAACCUCGUUGGACUAUAUUCUGAUGCUAAAUCAAUCAGUACCAGCCAUCUAAUCGCAGUUUCAGUAUGAUUCUUUGGUUUCUAGAUGUAUAUUGAGUUGCAUGUUUCCCAAAUAUUAAUUAUUCUUAAUGAACGCCUGGGUCCCGACCUUAUAUACCAUGGCUCAAUGAAUGGAAGUCUCUUCGAGGCUUUUGGAACGAUGACAGACCACGUCUCUUUUUCGACAGAGUAUUUACUUUUCUACUAAUAUAGCUACUGUGCUUCUAGAAUUUUCUGGACAAGGUUGUGCCAAGUGGCAUAAACGCACACGAUUUCCUGUACAUACCUGGAAUUUGAGUAAAGCAUUUUCCUACUUCGC